UACAAGUAUAGACAAUAGUUUCCGCGCGCCGCCGUAUGAUAAAGCCAGCAACGGAAGCGCGCUCACGCGUUAAUGUAGAAGCGCUUCUGAAGGUGGGAGACAGCAUCAGCAGCCACCAAUCUCAACAUAGCAGUCAGAGAGCAUCAUGGGAGGAGCAGUGGUGGACGAUGGACCUCCUGGGGUGAAGGCCCCAGAUGGCGGCUGGGGUUGGGCAGUGUUGGCCGGCUGCUUUGUCAUUACUGGCUUCUCAUACGCCUUCCCUAAGGCUGUCAGCGUCUUCUUCAAGGAGCUGAUCCGAGAGUUUGAUGUUGGCUACAGUGACACUGCCUGGAUCUCAUCAAUACUGCUUGCAAUGCUGUAUGGCACAGGCCCUCUGUGCAGUGUGUUGGUGAACAGGUUUGGCUGCCGACCAGUAAUGAUGGUUGGAGGGCUCUUUGCCUCACUGGGAAUGAUUCUGGCCUCCUUUGCCACCAGUAUCAUACACAUCUACAUCUGCAUCGGAGUUAUUACAGGUCUGGGUCUGGCGUUGAACUUCCAGCCAUCUCUGAUAAUGCUGAAUCGCUACUUUAAUGAGAAACGUCCUUUAGCCAAUGGCUUAGCAGCAGCGGGCAGCCCUGUGGCACUGUGCUGUCUCUCCCCACUGGGACAGAUUCUCCAGUACCAGUAUGGCUGGAGGGGAGGGUUCCUCAUACUAGGAGGCAUUCUGCUCAACUGUUGUGCUUGUGGUGCCCUCAUGAGGCCCCUGUUGCCCCCUAAGAAGCAGUAUCUGGAGGAAAGCACUCCCGCAGCUGCAGAAGAGAAAAAGCCCCAACCAAAAAAGAAACUGUUGGAUUUCAGUGUGUUCAAGGACAGAGGCUUUGUCAUCUAUACCCUUGCAGCAUCUAUUAUGGUGCUGGGCUUGUUUGUGCCCCCUGUGUUUGUGGUCAGCUAUGCGAAAGGCCUCGGCUAUGAAGACACAAAGUCUUCAUUGCUGCUCACCAUCUUGGGAUUUGUUGAUAUGUUUGCUCGGCCUGCAUCAGGACUCAUAGCAGGCAUGAAGUGGGUACGGCCUAGAACUGUCUACCUGUUCAGCUUUGCUAUGAUCUUCAACGGCUGCACUGACCUUAUAGGAUCACAGGCAAAUAACUAUGGAGGUCUGGUGGUCUUCUGUAUCUUCUUUGGUAUCUCGUAUGGCAUGGUGGGAGCGCUACAGUUCGAGGUCCUCAUGUCUAUUGUAGGGACAGAGAAGUUCUCCAGUGCCAUAGGCCUGGUGUUGCUGAUGGAAGCCUUUGCUGUACUAGUGGGACCUCCUGGAGCAGGUCGCCUCUUGGAUGCCACCCAUCAGUACAUGUACGUCUUCCUGUUGGCAGGCUGUGAGGUCACACUGUCAGCCUUUGUCAUCGCCAUAGGUAACUUCUUUUGCAUUAGCAGGAAAAAGGAAGAUCCAGAGGCUAAGCUAGAAAUGGCUGUGACUGAUGCAGAGAAGGAGGGGCUGAACUUUGGGGUGGAAAGCGAGGAAGAUCAGGAAGGUGAAGAGGAGCCAAAGGAAAAAGUGAAUGGAAAUGACAAUGCCUUGAAAGCAGUGGAAGAGGUGAUGAUGGUUAAGGAGAUGGGGGAGAAUGGUGGAGAAGACACAUUAUGAUGAAGAAAAAGACUAGUGAUGAGAAAAGAGAAACUGUGCACCAAAAGGAUAUAAAAGGACUGAGGAUGAUGUGUGACAAAGAGAAAUAGGAGCCACACACAAAGUGAAAGGGACUGUUAUUGCCCUUAUAAUGAAAAUCACAGUUUGAUGUAAUGGAUACAAGGCAGAGACUGUUCACGAGCAAGAACUGGGUUCUGUUCUAAUGCAACAUUUUGAUCAGAGGCUGUACAUUACGUUUGAUCAGUUAAAUAGUUACCGUCUAGUUUAAAAUACAGCUAUCCCUUCGGGCGUGAAAAUGUCUCACUUUACUGGCAACAAUUACCAGCUUUUCUGGGUAAAAUAAGGUGCUCUUUACUGCUGUCAACUCAGACCAACAUUGUAUUUUAGAUCAAAGAAAUUGAAUUCCAGUUUUGGUUACCUUUACUCAGCACCAUUUUUUACAAUCAUAUCCAGUUUUCACCAUUCAGGACUCAAGCUAUUCCACUUUCCAUUUCCUAAUGAUUACAAAUACGUUGAU